AUGUUAGAAACGAUGGCAGAAGAAUCGAUUUCGAAUGGUUUUAUGAUGAAUCCUGUAUCUGGAUCCAAUCCUCCAGGUGUUGCGAAGAAGAAGAGAAACCUUCCAGGAACACCAGAUCCUGAAGCUGAAGUGAUAGCUUUGUCCCCCAAGACUCUGAUGGAAACCAACAGAUUCCUGUGCGAAAUAUGCGGUAAGGGUUUCCAAAGAGACCAAAACCUUCAACUCCAUCGCAGAGGCCAUAACCUUCCAUGGAAGCUGAAGCAAAGAAGUACCAAGGAGGUGAGGAAGCGCGUGUAUGUUUGCCCCGAAAAGACCUGCGUCCAUCACCAUCCUUCGAGGGCUCUCGGCGAUUUAACCGGAAUAAAGAAACACUUUUACAGGAAGCACGGGGAGAAGAAGUGGAAGUGCGAGAAGUGCGAGAAGCGAUACGCUGUGCAGUCUGAUUGGAAAGCACACUCCAAAACCUGCGGCACCAGGGAGUACAAAUGCGACUGUGGUACCCUAUUCUCAAGAAGAGAUAGUUUCAUCACGCAUAGGGCUUUCUGUGAUGCCUUGGCCGAGGAAACAGCUAGAGUUAAUGCAGCUUCCGGCAUGCACAGUUUGGCUGCCGCCGGUAAUUUCAAUUACCAACUUAUGGGGAAUCCUCUAGAUUUCUCCACUGUUUUCAAACCAAAUAUUUCUUCAAGCAACGAUGAUGCAAUAGACCAAACUAGACGUGGAUUUUCCUUGUGGAUGGGACAAGCAUCUCAGGGCCAAGAGAUUCAGCAAUUCGGUUCUUUGAAUCCGGGAUCCAUAUACAGCGAUCCUCUGGUUUCGACGACAUCGAACCCUCCUGCAUUGGAUUAUCAGCUAAACUGGGUGUUUGGGAAUAUGGUCUCAUCAGGUAAUGCUGAUGAUCACCAGGUGACAACAAGCGUUUCACUUCCUGUGAGUAAUGUGAAGGAAAAUAGACCUCAACUUGUGAGUGUCCCUUCAUUGUUUAGCACACAACACCAGUCUCAUCAAACACCAUCUUUCAGUAUGUCUGCCACGGCUUUGUUGCAGAAAGCUGCCCAAAUCGGUGCGACAUCGACCGAGACAUCGUUCCUAGGAAGCUUCGGCACCAAGUGUAGCAACAGUCAAGACGGGAACAAGUACAGUGAUCUGUAUGUCUCAAAUAUACCAACAACGACAACAGCAAAUGAUAUUUCCACUUUGAACCGACUGCAAAUGUACCCCACGAAACGCCGACGCAUGCAGAACGAAGACGGUGGCGGCGGAGGAGGAGAAACAAGAGAUUUUUUGGGUGUCGGAAUACAGGCCAUUUGUCAGCCAUCUUCAAUCAAUGGAUGGUUAUGAUAUUGAAUGACUUUGCAGGGAAGAAAAGUGUUGAUCCAUGCAUAUUCUCUUCAACCUUUGAAAGCCAUAUUCAUCCCUUUUAAAAAUUAUGGCUUUUUUAAACUUUGAUAAAA